UAAAUACGUAUAUAAUAUGGAGAUAAAUAAUUAGAUGUAAUAUUCUGUUAUGAUUAAGGAAUUGGAGGAUCCACGAACUUAUGAACUGAAAUAAGUUAAAAUGUACAAAUUAUGGACAAUUUUUAUUUUCAUAUCUAGUUUACAAAUUUCUUCGUCACAAACAGGACCUGGAUGGUGUAACAUUACAACUUCUAGUUCAGUAAGCUAUCAGGAAGAUUGUGGGUCAUGGAAAACAGAUACUUGUACUAGAUAUAGGGUAGUCCAUAACACAGUUACUCUUUGCUGUGAUGGUUAUUCAGGAGCAGAUUGUGAUGAAUUCACCUGUGAUGAAAAAACUGGCACAGAUGCUUGUUCACUAGUUUAUGCCGAUCCCAUCAUUAUAUGGCCUAAUGAAAAGACUUAUGACAGUGGUGGAACAUGUGAUGCACCAGAUACUUGUAGCGGUUGUAACGAGGGAUUUUAUUCAAAUGGACCUUAUUGUGAAAUUUGUGGUGAAAUAACUAAGUGUAACCACAGAACUUGCACAACAUUAAGUGAUACAGUAUGUAAGUGGUGUGAUGGAGAUAUUGAUAGAAGACAGUACUACAGGACAUACACACAUGAAAUCAGUAAUGGCACUCAAUGUGACAAGGUGUGUUCCUGGGCAGUCGAUAGUACCUAUUGUUAUCCUGGUGUGUGUGGUACAGGAACCAAUGAUCUAGCUACAGAAUGUGUAUGUGCUGAUAACUUUGGUGGUGAUAAUUGUGAAAACAUUUUAAAUGCACCAAAUAUAACUUUAAACAGUGCAGUAUUUUUUAAUGAUGAUGAAACAAAAACUGCAAAGAAUGAUCCAAAUGAGGCAGGCAGUAAUCAGACAAUCUGGACAAACGAGGCUGACUUCACGAGAGUAGAUUUAGCCUUGACAGCAACAUAUACGCCACCUACUGAUACAAGGGAUGCUGACCAUUAUGUUACUGAUUUUAAAGUAGGAUUAGCUGAUAUGAGAUAUACUCUAGGUUUAUUUAAAGGAGGAAGUUUCACAGAAAAAGUCACAGAAUGUCCAGAUGCUAAUCGAGAUACAGCGCCAAAUAAUGUUGAAUGCAGUGAAACUGUAUCCCUGAUAGACUGGUUGCCUUUAGAACAUAAUGUCAGAAUUGUAUACACAGUAAGUGCUACCAAUGGUGGAUAUGUGGAUGUUGAGAAUAGAGGCAGCUUCCCAACAGUUGUGACAACAGACAAAAAGUACUACAAUGGCAAAGAAAUAACUAGGUCCUUCACAUUCCAUUGGGAUCUAGAAUCACCAUACCAUUGCAGUGAUAUAGAGGCUACUGGUACCUCUACAUGUCCAUAUCCUGUAGAGCUAGCUACAGAUGACAUCACUUCUAAUCCUGAAGUUGUUUUUGUCUUUGGAGGAUGGUUAGAUGAUUUGUCUGGGAUUAAUGACUUCACGUUCCAAGUAUUUGAAGUAAAAACAAAAGACAAUAUCAAACUGACAGAUGGAGAGACAGCUGCUUCUAUAGAGGAUGAAGUGAUCAACAAUACAACUGGUAGAUUUAAACUUACAAAACCAGGUGUAUACUCUAUUCAUCUUUCUGCUUUUGACAACACAAACAAUGCUGAAAAUGUUGGAAACUCCAGAACAGCAAGGACCUUGUUAUUUUUUGAUGAUGAAUCAGCUGUUGACAUUCAAGAUGCUAAUCCCAUGGAAUGUUCCCAAGCUUCUAAAAAUAGUUCCUUUAAAUGGGUUGUACAGGAUACCAGUACAGUAACAAUUACAUGGACAGAUCAUUUCAUUAAUACUCGUCAUGAGACAAAUAAAUGGUUAGCGAUAAUAGAACCAUAUACAGCUUCAACUGUGUAUGAGGAAUUUGAUGGAGAUAGAACUACAGCAGCUAUAGAUAAUACACAAGGGAUUGUGCAAUUUGAAGUUGGAUAUGAUGUUUUUUCUCCAAACCUUAGUGAUUCUCAGAAUUUGACUAUUAUGCCUGAUAUACAUGUACAAUCUGAGGUCCUGAAUGUAGUUUGGAAUGACGGAGACAAACUGAUAAUGACAGUAAAAGCAACAGAUUUGAUUGGUAGCUCUAACAAUGACACUAUCAUUAUGUAUAGAGAUACCACACCCCCUUUUAUAGAUGAUCUAUGGUUGACAAGAGGAGAUCGGUUAAAUGUUUCUGUACAUUAUUUAAAAGAACUAACUGAAAUGACGAUUGAAUGGAUAGCCUAUGAUUACCACAGCGGUGUAGACUCUCUGUACUGGAGGAUCUUUGAUAAUUAUACAGGGACAGAUAUACUACAUGGGCAUGAAAAUCUAGGAACACAACAUGCUGCUGAUGAAACUGCAUGUCAGACAACUUAUGGAACUUACCCAAGGGGAGCUAACUGUUACUGUACAAAUUUUGAAGGGUGUUAUCACAGACAUUUUCAGGUUGUACCAGCUGUUAAAACUAGUGAAGGGCUUUAUACAGGAAAAGAUGUAGGAGAACAUGAUAUUGACUAUUACAUUGAAAUAUCUGUCACAAACCAUGCACAACUGGUUACAGUUCUCAGGAAAAAGAUCACCAUAGAUAUUACACCUCCACAUACUGGUAUGGUUCAUGAUGGCAUGAGAGGUAGUCCAGAAGGUGAUUAUCAACAAGGAACCACUCUAACAGCAUACUGGGACCAGUUCUUUGACAAAGAAAGUGGUGUAUUGUUUUACCAAUACAUACCAGGAACCAGUUGUGCUGUCAAGGCAGAUUUUGAUCUAAAUCGUACACAUGCUGAUGUUGUAGAAACCUAUGAAACCUUUGGAACCUACACAGCUCCCGGAAUAGGAACAUACUACUUUACUGUCGUGGCAUACAACAGAGCAUUAGAUCACUCUGAUCCUGUGUGUUCUGACGGUGUUACCAUAGAUACAACAGUACCAACAAUUAAAGAAGUUACUGUGAAUAAUACUGUUGUAAAGGGAGGGCUUGUUACAGAUGUUGCCAAGACGAACUAUUGGAUUUUGUCGUCAGACAGAACUCUCAGAUUGAUAGCCAAUCAUACACCAGAAUGCAGUACCAAGGCUACAGAGAAGACUGAUCUUGAUCUUUAUCCUGUACAGAGAUAUGAAAAUGAAUCAGCUGUAGAAGUUGAUGGAAAUGUGUUUUGUGAGAACUCUACAGGAGCUCCAACAAGUUCUGGUCUAUCUAUGUCUACUUCUAAUAUGUUUUCAGUAUCAUGGAUUGUAGAUGAUUUACCAGCUAAAAUCUAUGAUUAUGAAGUAGGACUGUCAUCUACUGCAGGUAGUACUGCUCCAGAUUUAAUGCACUUUAUCACUACCAACCAGAAUCCACAUAUUAGAAUACAACAUGCAGAUAUUCCUGAUGGAACAGAAUUUUAUAUCAUCAUUAAAGGAAUAAGUGGAUCCAACGUCGAAGGUCUUGUGUCUAUUGGACCUUGCUUUAUGGACACCACACCACCAGAUUUCUCAGGGACUAUAACACUGUCCCUUUCUGAUCAGUAUCUUGUUGCAGAGUGGACCAGUGGAGCAUUCUCAGACAGUGAAGAACCAUUUGACAUCAAUUAUGAAUUUGCUAUAGGUGACGCAACAUUAGGUACACAGAUACAACAAUACAUGCCUCUAUCAGGAGGAGGUACAUGUACAGACAUUGUAACACCAACCUGUACUGCUGUAAUGGUAACAACCUUGGACUGGUCUCUCCAUGGUAAUCAUAAGUAUUAUGUGUCCAUCAAAGUGACCAACACUGCAGGCCUGGUUAAGAUUAUGUCAUCUGGACCUUACAUCCAUAAUGUACAACUUCCUGCUGAAGGUGUAGUGUUUGAUAUAGAGCCUGAUCGUGAUUAUGUUGUGAGUGAUCCAUUGCCUUUACAGGAUAUACAGGAUGUUGAUUUCCACACUGAUCUCUCAACACUUGUGGCCCGCUGGUCAGGAUUUGAUCAUCCACAUCUAACUGUUACCUAUACAAUAAGUAUAGGAACUACAAAAGGAGGGAAUGAUGUGAUAAAUAGUGAAAAUGUGGGAACCAGUACAUAUCAUAAACAAUCUGGACUUUCGCUUAGUACAUUUCAGAAAUAUUAUUUUACGGUGACAGCUGCAACAUCAGUUGGCAGUACUUCAGUAUCAUCUGAUGGUGUUACCAUAGUACAAGAAUAUGAGACAUUACUUGGUAUUGCAAUCUAUGAUGGUAUUCCUUGUAAUCUAUCUAGUGAAACAUUCUCACAUCAUGAACAUGAUCAUAGGGUACCAUGUGAAGAUGACAUAGAUGUACAAUCCUCUACUAAUACCCUGAGUGCUUACUGGACUAUUCCUUCAUCAGCACAAUUGUAUACACCUGAUGCUUAUUUCAAGGUUGAACAGAGGUCACAAGUUUCUGCUACCACCUGGACUGUGUUCAGAAACUAUGAGUACAUAAAUUCUACAAGUUUUAGUGUCAGUACCAAUGAACUCACUAUGAACCCAGGGUUCAAGUACCGUACCACUCUUAAGUUGUGUGCUCAACAGACAUGUUUCCGACCUAUAUCAACAGAUGGUGUUAUGAUUAUAUCCAACCCACCAAUAACAGGAAAUUUUAGUGUAGAACACCAAGAUGGAAGUCCUGAAAAGUUGAGUGUUACCUUGGAUAAUUUUUAUGAUCCUGACAUCCCAGAUACUACAGAAAAGUAUGAUGCUGUGAACAAAUAUGAAUAUGCUAUAACUGAUAAUUCUUGGAUGGGAAAUAUUUACACUAACUGGACAGCAUUAACUGUUCCUACAGGAGAUACCGUAACCUUUGAUGUGACCUUGACUGGAGAAAUGGACUUUUCGAAAUGCAAAAGAUUUUCUGUUAGGGGAUUUAACAGAGUACAGAUGUACUCUUUAGUAUCAACAGAAAUAAAACAAUGUGAUGCCUUCAAUCCAAAGUUAAUUAUUCCUAAUAUUGUUAUUGAUGCUAAAGGUGCACCUGAUUCAGAAGAUGGUGUUGGUAAUGAAAUAGUCCUUGUGAAGAAUGCACUGUGGACCAUACCUGAUGUUGAUUAUACCCCAUAUAAGAACAUUAUAUCAGCAGUCUGGCCAACUCUUCGUCACAGAGAUUAUAAAUAUGCCAUAUUGGAUGGUCAAAGUGUUGAUGUGGCAACAUAUUAUAAGCAAACUGAUACCCUUUCAUUAGAUGAACCCUGUUCACAUGCUCAUAAGAUAAGAUGUGGUACAACAGAAAAUGAAUUUAUGAAUGAAGUGUUUUCUGCUGGAGAUUUAGUACAUGGUACUCGUUACAUUGUAUGUGUCCAUGCUGGUUAUAAAGAGAUUGACCGUGAUACAUGGACAGAAGUGUUAGCAGCGGUCAGUACAUGUAGUGAUGGAGUUGUGGUGGAUUUGACAUCACCAUCAGCAGGGGCAGUUUGGAUCUCUCAUAGUCCUAGUGUUAGAUACCAGAGUUCGAUCACAGAGAUGUAUGUUAACUGGGAGUCCUUUAUAGAUGUUGAUGAAUUUGGGACUGGACCAAAUCCUACUGGUAUAAUGGACUACACUGUAGGGAUUGGUACAUCUGAGGGAGCCAAUGAUGUUGUAGCAUGGCAGAGUGUAGGAGUAGUCAAUCACAAAGCCUUCCACGGUCUUCGUUUACAGAAUGGAUUUGUCUAUUAUGCCACUGUAACAGCCACUGAUUUUGCUGGAAGAAGCACAACUAAGACAUCUAAUCCAGUUAUAGUAGACUAUACCCAACCCACUAAGUCUGAUGAACCUAUAUAUUUAGCUGGUCGUCACAUAACAUCAACACAAGAAGUGCACCCAUGUUGGACGUCAGUAUUUGAAGAUAUAGAGAGUGGUAUAAAUCACUAUGAAUGGUACAUUGGAUCUCAGCCUGGGUAUUAUGACAUCAUGUCCAGAGCUACUGUCACAGGAGAAGAAUGUGGACAGUCAAAUACACCAUUAGAAUUACUGGAUGGUCAUUCAUAUUAUAUUACUGUAGAGGCUUUCAACAAUGCUGGAUUAUCAUCUGUUGCUACAUCCUGGGCAUUUGUUGUUGACACAACACCCCCUAUCGGUGGACAUGUUUAUGAUGGACAGAGAAGUCAAAUGACUGGUGAUCUAAAGGAUAUAGACUAUCAAACAGAGACAAAAAUGCUGUAUGCCUAUUGGCAAGGUUUCCAUGAUUCUCAUUCCUAUAUACAGGAAUAUUAUGUCAGUGUUGGGACUUGUGAACUGUGUGACGAUGUACUCAGUCGACAAGCACUGGGUAUUGUACAAGAUUUUGAGCUUACUAAUGUACACCUUGGUAUUGGUAUAAAAUACUAUGUCAGUAUUACAGCCUGUAAUACUGCAGAACUGUGUACGUCUAUGUCAUCUGAUGGUGUGAUUAUAGAUAAUAGUCCACCAAAAGCUGGAUCUGUGCAGGACGGAACAGGAUACCUUGAUAUACAAUAUCAGUCUUUAAGGUCUUACAUAUCAGCCAAAUGGUAUGGAUUCCAAGACCCACAAUCUGGUAUAGAAAAGUAUGUAUGGAGGGCAGGUACAACAAACAGUGGAGAUGAUGUAAUGGCACCAGUGGAGCUCCAUAUAACACAGGUUGCUGCUGUUCCAAAUUUGUCCCCAUUAUUACCAGUUGGGAAGACUAUUUAUAUUACAGUUAGAGCUUACAACAGAGCAGGUUUGUGGUCUGAAGCUAGUUCCAACGGUUUCAAGGUAGAUGAUACAGCUCCUGUAAUUACUGGUCCUACAUUUCCUGAGAACUUUGGUGUAAAUGGACUGACCCAGAUAUAUAGGACGACCAUGAAAGUGGAAUGGACUGCUGAAGAUACCGUAUCACAUAUAGAAAGACAGUAUCUGUCAGUCAAGUCUCAUAUUGGUGGACAGUUUCAAUUGUCCUCUGUUCAUGUGAAUGGGAUAGUAAGGAACUAUAUAUUUACUAAUCUGAGACUACAUGAUGGUGUUACAUACUAUGUGACAUUGAUUGCCUGUAAUGGAGCACAACUUUGUAGCACAAGUGUCUCAAAUGGAAUGUUUGUAGAUACAACUCCACCAUCUAGAGGAAUGUUUGCUGUGAAAACAGAACAUGCAGCUAAUUUAACACGACAUGAAGAUGGUCACAUGACUUGGUCCAGUCGUGCCUUGUAUUUAGCUUGGCUAGGAUUCUCAGACAUACAUUCAGGGAUAGAUUAUUAUCAUGUCACUGUAGGGAGCGGUUAUUUGAAAGAUGAUUUGACAGAUGACACAUUGACAAAGUAUGGAUACACAACCUCAGGAACGGAUCACAGUGAUGAAGGAUAUAUACAACUAAACACUGUACCUACACUCAAUCUAAUAUUGUAUGAUACAGUGUAUGUCACUGUAUGGGCAGUAAAUGGGGUUGGACUAAGAAGUGCCAUGAUUCACUCAGCCUUUAACAAGAUCCCUGGUGGUUCACUGGAACUAGUCAGACGUUGUGUGACAUUCUCCUGUAUAGGACAUUGUGUGUGUGCUCCACAGGACCAGAAAUGUUCAUAUAAUCCAAGUCUAACAUGUAACAGUGUAACAUAUUCAAACCCUAAUGAUCUGAUAGUAGUGUAUGAUGUUAAUGGUUAUAGUUUGGUUGACCAAGAAAUCACAUCCUCAGAUACAGUACUCAGGGGAUACUGGCAGUUUAUAAUGAGACAAGGAAUAGCUCCUCAAUGGUUUGAAUGGAGUGUAGGAUACUCUAGUGGGAAUUCACCAGAUGGAAUAUAUACUUCUGCAGAGGAUAGAGUAUGGCACGAUGCAGCACAACUUACAUCAGCUACAUACUCUUCUGAAUAUGAGUUUUACCUAACCAAUGGUCAGGAUUAUUCCUUCUUCGUCCGUUUAUGGUAUGAUGGUACAACAUUUGCUGACUUUAAAACCAAUGGUAUAAUGAUAUCUACAGGAAAUCUAGCUCUGGCUACAGCUGGAGGCAAAGCUGUUACAGAGAAGGUGACAGGUACCAAUAUAAAAGAUGCUGAUUUUGUCAGACAAGGACGACCUAUGACCUUUGACUGGGAUGAAAAGUUUGUUAAUGCUGCCACUUUGAUCAAAGAAUUCAGAAUCUACAUAAGUACAUUUCCCGGAGGACAUGAUUUCCUGAUUUUAUCAGAUACAUUAUCAGGAAAGACAACCCAUUACAACAUGACAAGAUUGAAUUAUGAAGUCGGAGUGACAUAUUAUGUCAAUGUUGUGGCAUACAGUUACUCUGGUGUCCACAUGACAGCAACAUCUGAUGGGUUUACUAUAGAUCACAUCAAGCCAACAGCAGGAAUGGUGUAUGAUGGGAUAGGUUUAGAGGAUAUGGAGUAUCAGAAUUCUUCAUCAUUUGCUGGAGCACACUGGCAUGGAUUUUCUGAUACUGAGGCUGGUAUAAAAGAGUACUACUGGUGUGUUGGUACAACUACUACUAGUACAGAAUGUGACCUCAAACCAUGGGAAAAUGUUGGUCUCCAUGUCUCUGCCUCUAGAUAUCUGGAUACUAAUGCAACACAAGGAUCAAAGAUGUACCAUAAGGUUUAUGCCAUUGAUGCUGUUGGAUUGAUAUCUGAUAAAGUUGUCUCUGAUGGUGUAGUAAUUGAUGUAACUGGACCAGUACCUGAAUCGUUAAUCCAUUUGGAUGCUAAUAUCGUGGAGAAUCCAUCUUUUGAAGUGACUAAAGGAAGUAUAAUAUCCUGGGAAACACUUAGUACAACAACAGACAUCUGUACGUACAAACAAACAUUUCACCACCCCGCUAGCUGGACAGGGGGAACUGGAACUUGUCUGACAGCAGUCUCUUCAACCAGUAACUUAGCACAUGAUGGCAAUUUCUUCUUGUAUUUACGUGGGGAGCUGCAGCAAACAUUAACGAGUGUUGAAGCAGGAAAAUUGUAUCGUGUAAUGUUUUAUACCAGUCACUUACCAAUAUGGGAGGCAUUUGUGGCUAAUAAAGAAGGUUUUGUGAAGUUAGGUGAUGAAUAUCAUGUCUUUCUUAUAUACACAAAAAGUUACAGAAUAGAUGAUCAUGGGGCAAGUACAAGAGAAUUAACAUCUUGGCACAGACAUACAUUUUAUUUCACAGCUUCAACAAAUAGUGCAUUACUAACAAUAGGCAGCCUUGACAUGAAGACAGGCUUGUUCUAUGAUAAUAUACAGGUACACGAGGUUCAGGUAGACUCUGCUUCGUCUGGUCAUGUGAAUGGUCACAUUGAUUACAUCCACCAAUGGAGUUCCAUUCAUGGGUCGUGGAGUUUUAUUGAUCCAGAAUCACCCAUUGUGGAUUAUAAAUGGGCUAUAGGUUAUACUCGAGGUGGUACACAGAUUCAGACAUUCAAAUGUGAAGGACGGAGACAAUUUGGUUUGAAUAACAAAGUCAACCUGGUCGACAAAACAUUUGUUUACAUAACUGUCAUAGCAACCAAUGCUGCAGGACUGCAGACCAUAGCUUACUCAGACCCAGUCUUAGUUGAUCUCACUCCUCCUAUAUUCGACUAUGUUUAUGAUGGUACAGGUCCUGAUCAAGAUGCCUGGGAAAUCAAUAUUGUUUCAGCUAACUGGGAAGUAGCAGAUGCAGAGUCGGGUAUUGACUUCUGUCAGUAUGCCUUUGGAUAUCAACCAGGUGGAAGUGACAUUCACCCUUGGACAACUACAACAGCUAAAAGUGUUUCCAUGGAGUUUGAUUACAGUGACCUUGAAGGGUUAACAGUGUAUACAUCAGUCAAAUGUCAAAAUAUGAUGGGACUAGCAAAUACUACAUCCUCAGAUGGAGUCAGAAUAUCAAACAAAUCUCCCUCCAUCACUAGUGCAGUUGUGUCACCAUUUUAUUUGUCAUCCAGUGAAUACAUUUCUAAAGAUGGCUUCCAGAGUGUAACAGAUGUAGUCAGAUUAAAGUGGCAAGGUUUCACUGAUUCUAUUGGUAUUGAUAAUUACUUGAUUACUUUCGAAGGAAGUCAGACAAAGAAGGAGAAAGUCAGUUUUCCUAUAAAUCAGGAUAUAUUCUUCACCUAUUUCUAUAAUCUGCAACUGACAGAAUCCCAUCAGAAUGUACAUGUACAGGCCAUUAAUGUCUUGUAUAAAAAGAGUGAUAAAGUUUCCAGAAAUAUGACUGUGUUAUUAACACCACCAGUUAGGGAUAAUUCCAAACAAGUAAACAUAGAGUGGCUUGACAACAAAUUUGAUGUAUCAUGGGAGAAUGUUUUCUCAUCAGCAGAAACUUUAUGGUAUGAAAUAUCAGCAGGUACAUUCAGGGGAGGAUCUAAUAUAAAACAGUGGCUGGAAACAACCAAUCAGCAUAUAGAAUUUGGAAUGCCUUCAUCCAUUACAGAGCCUGCUGGAAUUUAUGUGUUUGUACUGGUACGAGCAGUUUCUGCUAGUGGCUUAUAUUCAGACGCUGAUGCUAAUAUACAAUUACCAACAUAAAUAUAUUGUCCGAUAAAUAAAAGAUACAUUUGUCUUUCAUUAAAGCAUAGUCAUAAACUACUAGUUAAGUUGAUAGUAUCUAUGCAAAGUUGACAUUAAUCAAGAUCAGAUAUAGGUAAUUCCGACAUUAACAUCUGUCAAAAAACUAUUUUACAUUUAAAUAAUUUUUUUUGAAUUUGAUAAUUUCUUUAAAAGGUUGUACAUGUCAUAUAAGAGAAAUUAUGUCACAAGCAUGUCACUUUAAAAAAAGCUUAUUGUAAUCAAACAAAUUUCAUCCCAAAAGCUUAUUUUUAAUAGUUAUUAAAAAGAGUCAUGCAGUAUUUUAAACUCUUAAUAUUUUAUUGAAUAAGAAAUAACCAAACUCAUUUUGCGAUGCAAUAGAGUGGAUUCAUUACUGUGAUUAAAACUAGACAAAAGACAACAAUAUUAUGGUACACAAAAAAAAUUUGGUUUUAAGGUGUAUUUUUCAUAUUUAAUUUAGAUGAGGUUUACAACUAUUUACUGUCAUUUUUUACGUGUCCUUAAAAGUUUUACGAUCAUUCCUUAUGUGUUGUUUUGAUUGUGUUCAUUACUCAUUGUACUUAGGAAGUUUAUUGUACAGUAAAUAUUUUAUCUUAAUUUAUAUUAAUUUAUAUAUUUUUGUUGUUGACAUAUUCAUUCAUAUAAUCGUGAUAAUUUAUUCAAGAGAGAUCUCAGUGUAUUAAAAAAUCAGUUUAUUGUACCCAGCGCAUGCUUUUGUUGGGGACAGAGAAAUACCGGGGUUCCGUCCGUCUGCGUGUCCAUCUGUCCGUCUGGUCUUGUUAGCACUGUCAUAGGUACAAUUCUUGCCAGAUUUUUAUAAAACUUAUACUAUAGGUUAAUAUCAGCAAUAUCUUGGACAAGUUCUAUAGUGGUGGCUGAUCGACUUUUUAAAAGAGUUAUGCCCACAUGGAAAUAUUAAAUUUAUGGAAAAUGGCCUCAUUAGCACUCUCACGGGUACAAUUCUUGUCAGAUUUUUAUAAAACUUAUACUAUAGGUUAAUAUUAGCAAUAUCUCGGACAAGUUCUAUAAUGGUGGACGAUAGACUUUUUUUUAAAGAGUUAUGCCCCUUGGAAAUAUUAAAUUUAUGAAAAAAAUGGCCUUGUUAGCGCUCUCACAGGUACAAUUCUUGCCAGUUUUUAAUAAAACUUAUAAUAUACUAUAAGUAAUGUCCUUGAAGGUCUGUUUGAUAUUUAAUUUAUUUUCUUUAACAAGAUAAUCAGGCCUCAUUAGCGCUCUUACAGGUACAAUUCUUGCCAGAAUUUUAUGAAACUUUAUAUCAUAGGUUUAUAUCAGCAAUGUCUUUGACAUGUUUGAAAAUAAAUGCUGAUCAAAUAUUUUUAACGAGUUAUAACGAAAUCGCAUUGCAUUUGCUCUGAAGCCUUCAUUUCUCUGAAGAUAUUUAUAAAUUGUUUUAAAGAACAAAAAAAAUACUUUUUUUAGUUAUUGCCCUUAGAUAGAUAAAUAUGUGCAACACAGGGGACAUUGGAACUCUGUUCUUUUAUUUACAAGGCAAAGCUAAAUAACAUGAAAGAUUGAUAAUUUAAUUUUUAGCACCUCGGGUAAAUUAGUGACAAUGUGAUUGAUUUUACACCUUCAUGUGGUGACCGCCUAUGAAUCCAUAGGUGGUCAGUAGAUUUCACAGGGGUAUCAUGACGUCACGUCUACCAAUAUUGUUAUUGUAUUUCAUUGUUUAUUUUUAUACAAAAUUUAGCGGGAAAAUCUCAUGUGUGAUAAAUUCGUUGUAUGGUUCGCUACUGACCCUCUAUGAAUCUGUAGGGGGUCAGUAGCAAACUAUAUAACUUAUAAUAUAACAUUUUUCCCUGGACUUGUUUUAAAAGUUCGAUAUAUUCAUGAACUGUUUGUAUAUAUAUAAAUGUCAAAUUAUGCACUGGAAAUUUAUGGUAUAUUGUAAUGAUCUGUUUUAUGUUUCAUGAAGAGCAUUAAUUACCAUAUCAUUACAAUAUACCAUAAUACAUGAAAACACAGGGUUCCAACCAUAUGUCCCCAUACAAAAGCAUUAGUUGUCAAACAAAAAAAAGGGGGGGGGUCAUACUUUCAAUUUUCUGUGAUGAUAUAUGUUUAGUGUCCAAAAAAAAUAUGCCACUGACAAAACAAUGGGAUAUUAUUGGAAUCCUAUAUUUUGCUUUUUUUUCAUUGAAAAUAAUGAUACCAGGAAGGGUGCAAAUACCCUUCAGUUGUUAACUACUUUGCUAAACAUGUAUACUUUGGUUACUUAGAAAAACAUUUGUUUAACAUUUCAUUUUAGUGAAUAAAAAUGAUCAACAGUU